CAAAGUGGCCGGGAGAUGCUUGAGGAUGACGAAAAGUCAGGCCGUCCAAAAACUGGACUGAGCGAAGUUAACAUCCAAAAAGUGCGUGAUUUCAUCAAAGAAAACUCGAAAUCUUCCGUGAGAUUGAUUGAAGAUGAAUUGGAGAUUCCAAAAUCAACUGUGCACAAUAUUUUGACCGAGAGUUUAGGCCUUCGUAAAUUGAAUUCGCGAUUUGUUCCCCACAAGUUGACCGACAACCAAAAAAUGUAUCGAAUUGAGCACUGCAAGGACCUCAUUAAAACCGCUCUUAAGGACUCAAACUUUCUUGAAACGAUCGUUACUGGUGAAGAAACGUAGUGUUUUGAGUAUGAGUCUGAAAC